CAGAAGCGCGAGAGCGACAUCUAAGUAGUAAUGGCUCUUUACUUUCUUUAUCCCGCCGUGUCCGCCGUCGCCCUGUUCAUCGUGGGCGUGAUCAUUGUCAUGCUGCGCUACGGACCGCGUUUGUGCGGCCUGCGCCACCAUGCGCUCCCGGACGACGACGACCUAAGGGGAAAAACGUACGAGCACGAGAUUAGCUAUGCUUAAUCUCUUUUUAAGGGGUGUCCCAGAAAUUUCUUCCAAGCAAAAGCCCUUCAAAAUGCAGUUUAUAUUUUAGAACAACCGAAUAGUAUGCUAGUAUGCAAAAUCUUUGACAUUUUUUCAUUCAACCUUCCUAAAUAUCAGAAAUUUUUUGGGCACCCCACCUUAUAAUUUACUUCUUACACAUGCCGGCAAUGUUACGAAUUGCUUCUUAUAUAUCUCCCUAAAACUAAUCGUAGCCGUUGUAAGACCCCACUAACCUUUCUGCACCCAACAAUCAUAAUUAUUUUGCAUGCAGUACAAAUAGCUUCAUUAGCAUCUAGUUCUGUUCGAGCCGUUUCCAUUCCAUUAAUCACUACCGACAAUGUGCCUUCAAUGUAGAGACUCGUGAGUAAAUUAUACCGUCCAAGUGUCUUUUAGUGCCGUAAGAUCGAACUGUAUUUAAAUGUAAUGGUUUAUACCCUUUUUGGGUAGUCUACAGAUGCUGCAUUUAAUGUUGUCCAAUAUUAUAUUUUUAUAAAACAUAUCAGUGUCUUGAAUCUUCAACCAUUAAUGCAAACUCUUUACAUUUGUAUUCGUCCGUAGUGUCCCAAUAUUGUAUUCUGAAAUUGCAUCAAUAAAUCUUCAAUUUACGGCCCAGAAAA